AUGUUUUCUCACAUUGUCACAGCAGCAAAAGGUCUAUUUGCACGGCAAGAAGUCGACGAAACCAAACUCGACAACAGCAAUACAACCUCGACAACGUCAACAAGUCCAAUUGGCCGCAAAGCAAAAAUGGUGACGGCAACGAGAAGGAGGAAUCUCGAGACAUUGUCGACAGCUUCUGGGGAUAGCAAGGGCGUCUCGACCUCCGCAAAUGGGAAGCGCAAGCCCGAAUCUACAAGCGCUGGAAAACCCGAGUCACAGCACAACAAACGGAGAAAGAGAAGCAGUCUAGAGGCUGCUGAAGAGCCGGAGAGGGAAUUGUCGACUGAGAGCGCCAUGGUUGAGUCAGAUUCGAAACGAUCAGAGGCACAGGCGCCUGCUUCUAAGACGAAACACUUCAGAUUCGACAGCGAAGAGCCUGAACUGCCGGUGGAGAUGGAGACCGAGGCGCCAGAGCCUCAGCAGAAGGAGCAGGACAAUGAAGACAGCAGUGAUGAUGACGAAGCUCCUGAAGCGAUUGACAAUUCGGCUCAGAUGUCCAAGAUCAGACUGGAAGCUAAAAAGCAAGAACGAGCAAGACAAAUUGAGGAACAGCUGAGAAAGGAGAAGAGAAAACAACUGGAUGAACUCCGCAAACAGCAAGCGAAACAAAAGGAGGUGACCAAAUUAGCAGCCGGUUCUGCUGAUGACCAGCUUUCAGAAAGCACGGAGACACUGCGAGGUAGUACCACACAAGAUGCCCGCCGAUCAGCCCUCCCAGCUCUCCUGCCGGAUGAGAUUCUCAAUGCAGCUCCUGUCGCCAGACCUCCAACGCCUCCCUUAGAGGAGCUUAAUGUUUCGCAUAAGAAGCCAAACAAGUUGAAAUUUCUCGAUGCUACAGAGAAACGCCCCAAGGAUGUCAAGCUGGGCGAUGUUACCAUCCGUGUGUUAGAUGAGAACCCGACCAAGAAGGCCAAGACAACCCUGCCGCCCAAAGCCUCAAAGACUGGACGCAAUGCCAAGCAGAAUUGGCUCAACAGAGCUCGCAGUACCGCCACUGUCAAUGGUCUUAGAAGAACCGCAGGUGGCCCUUCAGGGUUUGUUCGCAGAUAA